UGAAAACUGAAGAAGGGUGUUCUAUCCUUUGGCUGGGAAUGCUGUUUGGAAUUCUGGAGUCAUCCUUGGGAUACAGGCGUGACUGGUAAGGCUGGCAACUGUUGUCUAUCCAUCCUUCCUGUGUGUCAUCAAUAGGCACAGGAUCCACCAGCUUGCCUCCAUUGGUAUCCUAACCCUAACUCUGGAAGUUGAACUUUCAAGGCAGCACUGAGGAAAUGGUACAAAAUGUUGGAAAUAUGUUGUUGCCAUUCUGUUAUACCAAACUACUCAAAGAACACUCCUGUGCACAGAGAAGAGCUGUUUUACGGAAGCAGAACCCCACUGUGCGUUUACGGUACAUGCUGUUUUAAUGAGACAUACCCGAAAUAGCCGAAGACUUGGUAUGCAGACAGGUCGAAUAGAUGUUGGAUAGAAUGGCAAGAAGGAAGACAGACGGUGUUAUGGAAAAAAAAACAAAGUAGGGUCCUGGAUUAAAGGAAAAAUUGGACAGAAGCAUCCGCUUUCAGGUUAACCUGGAUCCUGAAUCAUUUACUAUUUGUUUGAGGGUCUUUACUACAUUAGACGUUUGUAGUUUCAAGAUAUCCAAAAUUCGGGAAAAAGAGCAAUCAAGCAUGACAAGGUCCUGAGGUUGCUGGAUCUGAGAGCUGAGCUUCAAACAUGGCUGAGAGAGAAUGUGCGGCACUUCUGUUGUUAUUGUCUGUUACCUUGGCCCAUGGACAUGGAUAUUAUAGAUAUAAUAAUGCACGUCACCUAGCUGGUUAUCGAUACAGCAAUGGAGAUUCAGACAGUUCAGAAGAAAAUCGAGUAUCUGGUAGCUCUUCCCCAACAGUUAGAUGGCACCGUGGACCACCGGGUCCACCUGGGGUACGUGGCCCACCAGGCCAACCAGGAUACCCAGGAAAAUCAGGGAUUGGACUGCCAGGACAACCUGGAUCUCCAGGACGACCAGGACCACAAGGGAUGCCAGGAAUUGGAAAACCGGGCAUUCCAGGAGCACCAGGAAAGUCAGGAGAAAGAGGACCUCCCGGACCCAAAGGUAUCAUGGGGCCUCAUGGAAUGCAAGGACCGAAAGGCCAGCCAGGUCCUCGAGGGUAUCCUGGGUCAGCAGGAAUUUCAUAUCCUGGUAAACCAGGCCCACCAGGGCCUGUCGGGUCUAUAGGACCGAUGGGACCACGUGGGGAGAAAGGAGAACGAGGGUAUCCUGGCCCUAUUGGUGGAAAAGGAGAAAAAGGAGUUGGAAUUCCAGGACAACCAGGGGAAAGAGGUCCACCAGGGCAACAAGGACUACAAGGAAUCCGUGGUGAUCCAGGAUAUGGAAAACCAGGCACCCCUGGUCCUGCCGGUUUACCUGGAACAAAGGGCGAAAAAGGCACACCAGGUCCACCUGGAGUUUCUGGUGUCCCAGGUCAGAGAGGUUCCCCAGGAUUACCUGGGCCAUCAGGAAUUGGAAAACCUGGAGCAGAUGGCACACCAGGGUUGCCAGGACCUCCUGGGCCCAAGGGGCCUCCAGGUGCUCAAGGUUCACCAGGUGCUUCUGGCCUUCCUGGUUUUGGAAGACCAGGCCCACCGGGACUUAAAGGGGACCCUGGCAGCCCAGGCCCAGCUGGAUAUCGUGGCGAGAAAGGGGAGAAAGGUGAGCCUGGCAGCCCAGGGAGCUCAGGAAUGUCUGGAUCAACUGGUCCACCUGGGCCACAAGGUUUGAGAGGUACACCAGGGGUACCAGGUGCACCAGGACCAAAGGGGAUGACUGGUCCAACUGGAGUGCAAGGGUACCCAGGUCCAAAGGGCGCGAUAGGCCCUGGGGGAGCCCCAGGAAAAUCUGGAAUUCCGGGAGAGCCUGGUUUACCAGGCGCAGACGGACCAAUGGGACCACCUGGUCCAAAAGGCGCUAUUGGACCCAUCGGGCCACCUGGUAAGCCAGGUGACAGUGGUCUUCCAGGUCGUCCUGGGCCACCAGGAUUCAGAGGUGAAGUUGGAUUAACUGGACCUGCCGGACCACCAGGUCCAAGAGGUCUACCCGGAUUUCAAGGUCCUCCUGGAUUCCCUGGAGAGAAAGGAGACCCAGGACCUCCAGGUCCACCUGGACCACCAGGUCUUUCUUCUAGUCUUAAUGAAAAAACUCCGUCUGGGCCACCAGGCCCACCAGGGGCACCCGGCCCUCCAGGACCACCGGGACUCCCUGGUCCACCAGGACGCCCAGGAGAAGUUGUGAAUCCUGGGAAAUAUGGAGGCUAUAAUGGUUAUGCAACACCAGAUGUCAUGAGAUCAUAUCCAGCUUUCACAGCCAUUCUUUUGGAAUCAUUUCCACCAGCAAGACAGCCAAUAGCUUUUAACAAAAUACUGACUAAUCAAAACAACAAUUAUGAUCCCACUACUGGGAUAUUUACAUGUCAAAUACCAGGCAUCUAUCAAUUUUCUUACUAUAUACAAGUCAAAGGAGGAAAUGUUUGGGUUGGACUGUUCAAAAAUAAUGAACCUGUGAUGUACACGUACGAUGACUAUACAGAAGGUUAUGUUGAUCAAGCCUCAGGAAGUGCGAUAAUACAAUUAUAUGAAAAUGAUCAGGUCUUUAUUCAAUUACCUUCAGAAGAGUCCAAUGGCUUAUAUUCCUCUGAUUAUAUGCAUUCUUCAUUCUCUGGGUUUUUAAUUAGUCAGACAUUGUACACAGUCCAACCUUUCCAUACAUCCUGCCAUUAUUAUUAUGAUUUGCUUCAACUGCUCAUUUAUGUAAGUUUAGCUGCUCUCAAGCAAAAAGAAAUGCCACUGCAAAUCCAAAUGAAGAUUCUACCCACAAGCAUGAUUUCAGUGGAAAUUGGUGCAUUUCUGGUGUUCGUAUCUGUUUCUCUGGUGAAUGGAAUAGCAUACAUGGGAUACAACCAAUCACCAUAUAAUACAAGAAGUCAGGGUUAUGAAUUGAAAGGUGUUCCUUAUCAGAAUCUAGAGGAAAAUCCAAAGGGCAUCACAGUGAGAGGAGAUCCAGGAAUGCCAGGACCACCAGGACCUCCAGGACCCCCCGGACCCCCAGGGCAAGCUGGGUAUCCAGGAAAGCCAGGUAUUGGGUUGAUGGGACCCCCUGGCAGUCCGGGACAACCAGGGCCACAAGGACUAACUGCAAAGGGAAUUCCAGGCAUUCCAGGAGCACCGGGGCCUGCAGGGAGAAUAGGGUAUCCUGGACAAAAAGGCGAUAAAGGAAUUCAAGGGAUACAGGGGCAAAGGGGUAGUCCAGGCCCUCCAGGAAAUCCCGGGCCAGCUGGAUUGUCUGUUGUUGGUAAACCAGGCCCACAAGGGGCAGUAGGACAGCCAGGAGUACCAGGAUUACCUGGAGCAAAGGGACACCCAGGUUAUCCAGGCCUCCCUGGUCAAAAGGGGGAUAAAGGAAUUGGAAUUCCAGGGAUUUCAGGUGAAAGAGGGCUGCCUGGGCCACCAGGGGCACCAGGAACUCCAGGACCAGCAGGAUUAACUACAUCAGGUGCACCUGGACUUGCUGGUGAACCAGGCAAAAAAGGUGAAAUGGGACCACCAGGCCCAUCGGGUUUUACGGGAGCACCAGGUCAUAAAGGGCCACCAGGACCACCUGGGCCAACAGGAAUAGGAAAGCCUGGAGCUGCAGGUGUACCAGGAUUGCAAGGGCCCCCUGGUUUGAAAGGUCAUCCUGGCAUACAAGGUUUGCCGGGGGCACCAGGGCUGCCGGGUAUGGGAAAACCAGGCAUGCCAGGGCUGAAAGGAGAACCUGGCCCGGUAGGUUAUCCUGGGUAUCCUGGAAAGAAAGGAGAGAUGGGACCCAUCGGAAAGUCAGGAGACCCUGGUUUGAUGGGACCAGCUGGUCUUCCAGGAGCACAAGGCCCUAGAGGUUUACAAGGAAUUCCUGGCACACCAGGAGAAAAAGGUGCACCAGGACACAUGGGUGCACAAGGAUAUCCUGGAUCAAAGGGUGAGAGAGGGGCAACUGGUGUUCCAGGAAUAUCAGGGUCUCCUGGGAAAUCAGGCUCACCAGGACUACCAGGAACAGUUGGACCAGCUGGUCAAAAAGGGGAUAUUGGUCUCACUGGCCCAGCUGGGAAACCUGGAAAUCCUGGUCCUCCGGGUCCUCAAGGUCCAUUAGGUUUUCCAGGCGCAGUUGGAUUGCGAGGACCACCUGGAGUACCUGGUCAUAAAGGCUUGCCUGGGUUGCCAGGCCCACAAGGGCCUCCUGGACUAAAUGGUACUCCAGGAAAACCAGGAUUACCAGGUCCUCCAGGUCUCAUUAGCAGAGAAAUAACAAAGGGGCCACCAGGUGCACCAGGACAAACAGGUGCAGAAGGUGCUCCAGGUCCACCAGGCCUUCCUGGUCCACCAGGUUUACCUGGUGAAAUCUUUGUACAACCAGAGAAAUCAGUACAGCCACCACCUGGAUUGCUGAGCCCUAUUCCAGCUUUUACAGCCAUUCUUUCUAGGCCAUAUCCACCAGUAGGGCAACCAAUAAUAUUUGACAUUCUAGUGACCAAUUCAAAUAAUAAUUAUGAUCCAUCAUCUGGUGUUUUUACAUGUGAAGUACCAGGGCUUUAUCACUUUAGUUAUCAUGUACAAAUCAAGGGGGGGAAUGUUUGGGUUUCAUUAUAUAAAAACGGAAAAUCCAUACUGCAAACAUAUGACGAUUAUACGAAAGGAUAUGUAGAUCAGGCCUCAGGAAGUGCUAUAGUACACCUACAUGAAAAUGACCAAGUCUACUUACUAUUACCUUCAGAGGAAGCUAAUGGUUUAUAUUCAUCUGAUGAGAAACAGUCAUCCUUCUCAGGGUUUUUAAUUAGCCCUUCAUGAUUUACGCUAAUUGCGAAAAAAAAUCAACUCAGAGUAAUGAAUCAAACCAAGUAUUUUUAAAAUGUUCUUA